AUGGCUUACAAGAUUCCCAUGACUGAGAGAUUUGGUGCGAAGGUUCUAUCGUUUUCAAAGUUAUAUGAAACCAUAAGCGAUAUCAAAAGUAAGCUGAAUGAAGAUCAGCUUACUUUGUUUAGGGGAUCCUGUUUUGGGGCGUUCUUACAACUCAAAAACAUGAAAUGGGCUCCACUGAUUGUACACCAACUCCUCCUUAGGCAAAUACAAUCAAAAGAUCAUGAAAAAAAAGGGAGGUUGGUGUUUUUUAUUGGUGGAAAAAAAGCAAUUUUUUCAAUAAGGGAAUUUAACCUCAUAAAAGGACUGAGGUGUCACUCCCUACCCGACAUCUCAUUAUAUUUGCAAGAGAUGGAGAAUUCUGGCGAACCUAGGGUGGGUUUGCAAUAUAAGUAUUUCAAAGGAAGUUGUCAUAUUUCAUGCCAAGAGUUACAAAGGAAUUUUAUGCAGUGCCAAGCUCCAGAAGAUGUCUUUAAUUUGACACUUGUAUAUUUUGCUGAGUCUGUGCUCUUAGGUAGAGAUGUUAAGCUGUUGAUUGAUGUUGAUUUGUUGAAUCUGGUCGAUUAUCUGGAUAUGUUCAACAAGUAUCCAUGGGGUACUUUGUCAUACAAGAAGACAAUACAGUCCCUGACUAAUUGUCUUGUUGGAAGGUCCGAGAAAUUUAAGGCUAAGAAGAAUGAUUAUGAGUGGUAUAAUCUACUGGGUUUUCCUUGGGCUUUCCAACUAUGGGUAUAUGAGGUUAUUCCCAGUAUUACAAAAAAAUUUGCAAACUGUGUUGAUUUGAAUUUGCUGCCUAGAAUGUUGAAGUGA